ACAACAACAACAACAACAACAACAACAACAACAACUGCCAAGCCAUUGAUGAUGACGACGAAGAAGACACAAAGGCACACCAGCGUUUGCACGCUCGACGUGACUGGCGAGGGCGAAACUUUACCAAUGGAUGUGGAGCAGGUUUGUCAGUGGCUGACUGAUGUGCGAGAGUAUGACAAGGCCCACAAAGCACACAAGUCAUGGCCACCGUUCGUGCCAGCAGACGCCACUGUUCUCUUGAAACAGGCAGAGGCUUUGCUUGCACAUGGGACAGAUCCAAAGUUGCGCCAAAGAGACGCGAUCACCUUCUUGGAUGCAGCAACUGUCACGUUCGAAUUUGCAUUGUCGAUCGUGACGAGCACAGAGAGCAGCCUUCGCAAGUAUGGCAUCAGUGACCUCACUGACGUUCCCGCCAUCGAAGGUAUUAUUCAGUCUGCGCUGGGAUUAUUUCGGGUCAACUGGAGUGGAGAAACACUGAAGGAUUCUGCCGUACUUCUUCUCUUCGCGGCUCAGCUACUACGGCUCUCCUUCGCGCAACCUUACAAACGCCUUUUGCGAGGCAAACAAGAAGAGCUGGCGCGUGAAAUUGUUCAAGCCGUGCUUCCAAGUUUCCUGGAAUUGGCGCAGGACAUCGAGCCAGGCACGAAUGACGCCCACCUCAACGCCAUCACCCGCCCUUUCAAGCUCAACAAAUCUCAUGUUCAGCCGAUGCUCUUUGCUUGCCUGCUGGAGGUGCUGACCCUACUCCUCAUUGACCCAAAGUCGGACGACUCUUUGCAUGGGCCCACAAUGGCUGAGCUGCUUGAAACGACACGGUGCAGCAACGACGUUGACAUGGCACUGAAAUGCAUCGUGGGCACGCGCGAGGUCUUGAGUGUGAUCGAGCCGUGUCUAUGGCAUGACGAAAAGCCGGCACGACAGGAGCGGUGCGUGCGGUUUCUGUCAGCGCUGUUCGCCGACUGGAGCCCAGACGAAGCUGAUCACCUGGCCACAAUCAGCGAGCCACUCAUUCCGGGGAUCCUUGCUUGUGUGGCCAGUCGCAAUGAGCGGCUUGUCCAUGCUGCCGCCGUGUGCCUCAAGCACCUCGUGUUUCGAAUGCCGCGCAUUCAGCAGCAUGUGUUGCAGCAUGAUGCUCCACGGGUGCUCGCGCAGGCAAUUUCCGACCCCUGCGAAUCUGCUAAAGUUGGUUGUACAAUCGCCCUCCUGCACGCUCUGAUCAACUGUGUUUUUGAUAUGGACAGUCACACAUGGGUUGACACCAUCACUGAGUCAAUCUGCUCUGUGACACAGCACUGCUCCAAGACCCGCGACCUGCUGAGGGUGGCAGCAAUCGCUACAGUAUCAAUCGAGUGGGUGAGCCGGCAGUUGGCAGACAACCCAUCUGAACGUGCACAUGCGUCUCAACAGGAACACGUGCGGUACAGCCUCUGCUGCCUCAUCAGCGCCCUAAGCAAUCGCGUGUUCAAACCUUUGGCUGAUGACAGACGACAGCACUACGAUAUUCGGCGCAACAGGAAUGCACUCUGGCCCAUGAGUCUGAUCCCUGAUGCCGACACCUUUGCAGCACGCGUCUUUGCCGCUGUCAGUGUCACUCAGGAGUCGCUGGAUGCUUGGACAGGCAUGUACUGGCUGGGUGAGCCGAGCGAUGGCACUGUUCCGAGUACUCUCCUGCACCGCCUGUGCCAGUGUGGCCUGGAGCCGAUGCACGUGCAGCGCCUCCUUCGCGACGGCGUCCACGCUCAUCUGCCAUUGGAGAAAGAAGCAGCAACAGUAGAGUUUGUUGUUGCUGAGCUGCUGGUUUAUGUGCAGCAGUUGGCGGAGACUCACAUUCCCACCAUGGAGAUUGUGAUGCACACCAGAGGCGCCAUGGGCUGGGCUCUUCGGCGCCGGUUCUGGCAGUGGUUGCAGAAGUGGCAGAAAGAUGAGGAUGCAUUGUUGGGUGGAAUGGCUGCUGUAUCAUACCCAACCCUGGAGGAAGCGCGUAGCUGGCUGCAAGAGUUCGUGAGUGUUUCUGCUAGUGUGCCUUUCAACACUCCAACAGCGGACUGCCAGAACCCCGGGGUGUAUGAGAAGCUGAAGACGGCAGUGGACACGCGCACGCAGCAGGAGCUGUCUUUGACUCUUGGAACGCAGCUGAAACAAGAGCGCGAGGUGGUUGUGGCCUUAUCUCAUCGCAGGCUGCCACAUAGUCGCACGGGAAACAAGGUGCUGUUAACAGCAGGCAAGGCAACGCCACCUGCAGGCAUGACGCGGUGGUACCAUGGGUGCGCGGGAUUCCAAGCGCUGCAGAUCCUGCAGCACGGCACGGUCAGCAAGGGCACGACUGCACACGCGCAUGACCUCGGCUUAUCUCCCAGCUUCUACUUGCAUGAGCAGUUUUCGUGCGCAGCCCAGCAGGCCGAAGCACGUGCUCAAAGCGGAAAGGGGGUUGGUUUGCUGGAGCGGUCCCCUGCCGUGCUGGUGUUUGAUAUUCCAGAGGAUGAGCUCAGGCAGUUCAACUUCUUGAUUGUGGACAACAAGCAGCAGUCAAAGUGCUGUCUCUUUGCAUCCCACAACGCCGAAAGCAUUUUACAGAAUCUUGCUGAUAGUGACGAUGAUGUGGAUGCCCUGCGUGAUCAUGUGCGGCAGAUGGCCAAUGAAGUAUGGCGCAUGAGGACAAGGAUUUCAAUUGUGCGUGGCGAGGACAGCGGCGACGACGAUGGUGAUGACGACGACGAUGAUGAUGUCGACGACGACGAUGAUGAGGAUGGUGGUGCAAACCCAUAUCGUUCACGCCUGACGCACAGUUGCGACAUCACCAAAGAUGAAUUGGAGCAGUUUGGUUCUGGCGGCCGUGAUGACCUGAAGCGGCAGCUUGAGCGAGUGACGAGAUGGCUCGCACACUCUUUGGACGAAUUUGACUGGGUGUUCUCGCACGCGAGCAAGACCCCCCACCGCCGGCUGGAUAAGAUUGCGCUCCGAGAGGAGUGGGGGCGUGGACAGACAGACACAUGGGCGGCAAAGUAUCUUGAAGGUCCCAGAAAGCGAAACACAGCAGUCGGUCAGCUUGCUGUGAAGAGCAAGAAACGUGUGCUUGACUUCAUUUCACAUCACCUGACCGCCGUCCUCGUAUUUGCUGAUGAUUUAGCGGUUAAGAGCAUCGAAGAUGUGGAACGAAGGCAGGCUGAGGGAUGGCAACAUAAGGAAAAGAAGCGAGCUAACGCGGUUCGGAAGAUGAUCGAGAGGCAAAAUGCAGAACUGAAGCAACAGCGUCGGGAGGAAAUGGCGAAGAAACGUGAAGAGUGCUCGGAGAAGCAACAGGCAGCGCAGCCAAGGCCAUCUGCGGUCGAUGCACAGAAAGAGAAGCGGGAGAGUGUUAAGACGGAGGCGGAUGCACAAGAAUGGGUGCAGGUGGAAGUGGUACGCCGUGGGAAAGCGAAAGCACAAGCUGAGCCAAGAAAGAACGCCAAGAAGAAGGCAGAGAAGAAGAACAAGAACCAGAAAAAGAAACAAAGCAAGGCCGCCGCGGAAGACCAGUCAAACGACACCAACCAGCCACGACGCACAAAGAAGAAGGUCAUUUGUCGCUGGUAGUGCUCAAAGUGCAGCUUUGUUUUCCUUGGGGUUGUGGGCCUUAUGUUUGUCCAAGUGCUCAGGCGCCCACCUUUGCACCAUCAUGUUUGUUGUUGUUCUUGGUGGCGGUGUUGGCGGUGGUCGUGACUCCCAUCUGUGUCGUCUCCAGCCUUGUUGUUUGUUUGACUCUGGUGCGUGUGUGCAUGUUCUGUUGGAGCGUUGUGUCGUGUCUUGGAUUUUCCCCUCAAGCUUCCCUCCGUUUUCCCACUUGCACAAGGCGUGUGAUGCGACUUCUUACCGUGCUCCGUCCAUCCCUUUUCCCCCUUCAAUUCAACUUUUUCAUUUCACAUAAACCCAAUGAACCCA